ACAAACUACGCCCAAGGAUCCUAAAAACAAGCAUCUCAAAAACAUCCUAACUACGCUUCUCAAAAAUUCAUGUGGUCGAGUUCUCGCGCCACGCUGCUGCGGGCCUUUGGAAGACCAACACGCCCCGAACCAAACUACCGCACCAUGCCCGGUGCGCUUCCCGACGAGGAGAGCGGCUCCAGCGAGUCCGACUCGCUCCUGGAUAGGGGCCAGCGAAAGGUGAAGCGCUUCUGGGAUGGAUUUAUCGACUUUGCCUUUCAGGGAAACAUUUUGCAGAUUGCCUUUGGUCUCAUUCUCGCGGCCGCCUUCACCGACUUGGUCAAGUCUUUUGUCAGCGAUGUGCUGAUGCCGCCCAUCUCCGUUAUCUUGCCCAUCAACAAGAAUAUGGAGGAGAAGUUUGCCGUGCUACAAAAGGGACCCAACUUCAAUACCACCACUGGGUACAACACGCUUCAUCAGGCCCAAGAUGACGGCGCAGUCGUCAUGGCGUACGGGUCAUUUAUCAACCAUGUGAUAUCUUUUUGCAUGCUUGGAUUCGCACUCUACGGACUGGCGCACUUUUACACCAUGGUGUCGCAUGAUCCAAUUAUCAAGCACACAAAGAAGUGCAAGUACUGCAGACAAAGAAUCAAUGAGAAGGCUGCGCGUUGCAUUCACUGUACAAGCUGGCUUGAUGGCAGGGAAGACGCGGUUCGGUCGUAGGGUAUGGCCGUCAUUUAAUACCCAAAAUCCCAAGAUGGCCAUAUUGUUGCUGUGUAUCAAGCUGGGCCUGGCUGGUAUUAAGAAAUACUCAGGCUGAUUUUCUUUUGUCGUAAUCCAGACGCAGAGAUGGAUACGGCGACAUGCCAGUUCAUCUUGAGUACCAUUGCACAGAAUGUGAUUGAUAGCAUUUAUAUCUUACCGCAUUUACUAUUCAAUAAUACGAGCAUAG